CGAUACCAUACACACACAAGAAAUUUUUUGUUGCAUCAUAUAUGGACACUCCCGUUUCGUGGCCAAAUUAUGGCAAGCACUGUUUAAACUUCGUCCUGAUGUCCGAGUCUCGAUCCCUCGUUGGACUGGGACCUUUUUCUCCACGCUCACCACUAGGUCUCCCUCUGAAAAAUGCCCAUGGAUUUCAGUCGCUCAAAUCCACCUCACUUCGAUUCUCACCCACCCUUUGUAGCAUAAAAACCGUGCCCAAUCCAAACCCAUCCAGUAUUAACAGAUGGUCCCUCGACGGAGCCACGGCUCUCGUCACCGGCGGCACUCGCGGAAUCGGGCGUGCGGUUGUGGCGGAAUUGGCUGGACUCGGAGCCACGGUGCACACGUGUGCUCGGAACGGAACGGAGCUGGAUAAGUGCCUGCGAGGUUGGGAAGAGGAGGGGUUUAGGGUUUCGGGUUCGGUCUGCGAUGUGUCGUUUCGAGACCAGCGUGAGGAGCUUGUGGACACUGUCUCGUCUGUGUUCAAUGGGAAUCUCAACAUUCUCAUUAAUAAUGUUGGAACCAAUAUAAGGAAACCGAUGGUAGAGUUCACGUCCGAAGAAUUUGCUAAACUCUUUGCAACGAAUUUUGAAUCUGUUUUUCAUAUGAGCCAACUCGCAUAUCCUCUUUUAAAAGCAUCAGGGGCUGGAAGUGUUGUUUUCACCUCCUCUGUAUCUGGUUUUGUGUCGCUGAAGUCUAUGUCUGUACAUGGAGCAACUAAAGGUGCAAUCAAUCAACUUACAAAGAAUUUGGCAUGUGAGUGGGCAGAAGAUAAUAUCAGGAGUAAUGCUGUUGCACCUUGGUACAUCAGAACCUCUAUGGUGGAACAAGUGCUCAGCAACAAAGAAUAUUUGGAAGAGGUAUAUUCACGGACUCCGCUUGGGCGUCUUGGAGAUCCGACUGAGGUCUCAUCCCUGGUUGCUUUCCUUUGCUUACCUGCAUCAUCUUACAUUACUGGCCAGAUAAUUUGUGUUGAUGGUGGGAUGUCUAUAAAUGGUUUCUACCCAAGGCAUGAUUAAAGGUUUUGUCUCAGAUGCUUUGCGGCUAUAAUUUGAGUACAACUUUAACUUGAUUUUGUGAUUUCAGAUUCAUUUAGCAUAAUUUAGAUUAGCAUGUGAUCGUGGAUAAGGGGAAUUACUUUGAUCAA